AUUCCCUUGGACUAACUGUCUUCACCUGCUGCUUCUGUGUUUUUGCUGCUGCAACAGUUUGUAAAUUUUUAUUCAAGCCAACCAAGUUCCACACCCCUUUGUUUUUGACAAGAUCAAGCCUUUUGUUGGCCCCUUCCGUAGCAAGAAAUGCAACGACGGAGCGCAGAGCAGCAGCGACCUGCAGCGCCGAGUCCAAUGUCUCCACGAAACAGCGCAGUCGGCGCAGCCGCAGGCACCCCGACGCGCCGCCACACCCCACACGCAGUUGCCGCGGCGACGGGGCCGCUGCCAUCCGAAAUAUCUGCCAAAGCCGCGUUCGCUGCCAUUCGCGAGCAUCACACGGACGUGCUGCGCAAGUACCUCACGCAGGACCCGAUGGGCAGUCACGAAUGCGCACAUUGCACCGCCAACCACGACCAGGAAGUCAGCACACCCGAGACUGAAAAGGGCGAAAAGUGCGAAAAGUGCGCGCUCGCCGCCGCGGCAGCAUCCACCACUGCACGCGCUGGACGAUCCCCUGCCACGCCACGAAGAGGCUCUUUGGAAGCACGCAGUCGACCCGGCGACCCGAAUGCGAGGGACGACUGCGGCGAGUCGCUGAUUCACUGGGCCAUCCGAGAGUCGCAGGUCGAGAUGGUUGGCCUCUUGCUCAGCCAUGGCGCCAACAUUGACACACUCAGCUUGUCGGGCUUGACGCCUCUGCAACGUGCGGCAAACGGCUACGAUGUGCCCAUUUGCACCCUUUUGUUGCAGCGCGGCGCGAGUGUCAACGGCAAGUCGCAAGCGCAGCUGAACGACUUGCGAUCGCCCAUGAAUGGCGCCGACCCGUGGGCGCGCGACUUUCACCGAGCUGCUGGCCAGACUCCCUUUUUCGGCCCGGCAUCGACGCCGAGUACUCCUAGCAGCCUUUCUCAAACGGCAUUUUCGACGCCAACGAGCCGGAGCGCUUCGCCAACACCGGCACAUCUGUUGCAGCACUUCCAACAAGUUGGUGGCAGCCAUCACACCCCCGAGCGUCUGCGUCGACCAAGCGGCGGCCCCGUGCUAUCGCAGUCCAACCUGUUUGGAUAUCAGUCGCCCAUCCCGUCGCGUGCCCCUUCUCCCACGCCUAUGAUGCGCCAGUAUUCGCGUGACAUUGUGCCCAACACCCCGCCCCUGCAUGAAUGCUCACCACUCACCAUUGCGGGCAAUGCGGCCAAUUCUAUUCGAGCGGAGCAAGUCUGCAAGCUGCUGCUGGAAAGCGGCGCCAACCCAAACGGUGACAUGGACUGCGAAACUUCUGUUCAGCUCCGACUGCGCAAGCUGCAGCGCGGAGAGCAAGGCGCGGCAUCGCCAAAGCAGGCAACUCCUGCUCUGCGCAAUGUGGCUGCCGCAAGCGCUGCCGGCUCCUUCUCUGCGCCUCUCAUCCUGACGCCACCCUUGAGCCGAUCCCGCGAUGCUGCCGAGUCGCUGAUCGAUCAGCCGACGAGCGAACACGUGUCACCGACGUCCUCGCAGGAGAGCUCCUCCACGAACGGGCCCCAAACGCGCGCCAGCACUCGGCGGCGUCUCUGCCAGUCAGGCGAGGUCGACGCCGCUUCAGCCAUUGCUGCCCCUGCCCCUGCGGUCGCCGAGCUUGACGGCAGCAACAACAGCAGCAGCAACAACAGCAGCAGCAACAACAGCAACAACAGCAACACCAACGCAACACAAAUCACUGACUCGCAGCGAAUCGUCACGCGCGCUGCUGCUGCAGCUGCUGCGGCUGGAAGCUCGCCAGCAGCAUCACCAACAGCAUCGCCUGCCAGUCGAAAGGCUGCUCCCCGACAGCAGCUAGCAACGAACGCAGCGAUGAUCCACUCUCCGACAAAAGCAAGCCCUGCGCGGCCCGCCUUCUCGCUUGGAUUGAUUCCCGCGGUGCCCGCGCUUCCGCCAAUGCCCGUCACGCGCGUGUACUACACGGCUCCCGAAACGCCCUUGCUGCUCGUCUUGAUGGAUGAGCGGACCUCGUACAUUCCUGCACUCUUGAUGAAGUUUGGCGCCGAUGUGAAUCGCGGGAGCCAGAUUACCGGCAAGACCCCGCUUCACUAUGCCUGCAUGAACGGCCACUAUGACAUGGCCCGACUGCUGCUGGAGCGAGGUGCAGACGUUGGGGCGCGCGAUCGCCAAGGCCAUGAUGCGCUUUUUUGGGCGGUCAACCCGCGAAACGCGCACCGCACGCGCUCGGCCAAUUCCCCUCAGGAGCAGCUGGUUGACAUGCUGUUGAACAUGGGUGCGCGCGUGUCAAACCGCACCACGAACGGCGAAUGCUGCUUCCUCCGCGCAAUUCGGUACGGCAACCCGCGUGUCGUUCGUCGCCUGCUUCUCUGUGGCGCCGACCCGAACAUGGUUAGCAGCGACGUGCUUCCUCUGCAGAUUGCGAUUGAUGCGUCCAAUGAUGAUCUGGUGCAGCUGCUCUGGAAGGCCGGUGCUGAUCCCUACCGUCUGACCGAGACUUACCGCACGAAACUGAAGGAUCUUUUGGCCCGACGCGACCCCUCCGUUCGCACUGCCCCCAUCGUUCGCCCGCUCUUAUCACUGGAAGUGCUGUGUCAGCGAGCCAUCCGUUCUCAUCACACUGCUCAAGAAGUUCAAGCCAUGGAAAUUUCCCAGCCCACCAAGGACCUGCUCCUUGAAGGGCCUGUCGACCUUUUCUGAGUCUGGAUUGCACAUUUUUUUUUCCUUAUUGGUUUGGCUUUUCGACCUCAUUUUUUCUCUCGGCCGUCGCGCACUCAGGAUUGCGUGUGUGACCGACCCGACCCUUUCCUUUUUUUUUUUGCGUUUUAUCGAUUUUUGUUUCUUUUUUGAACCCUUUUUCAUGGGUUUUCGAUUCCUGUCAUCUUUCCAAAACAACUAACAUAGCAAAGUAAACAGUAUUAUUUUUU